UGCAGUGAAGCGGUUUUCCGGUUUCGCGUAAGAGCUCUGUGUCGUGCGUGCGUGCAGACAAGUUAAAACUUGGAGACGUGACUCACGAGUGCGGUUCAUUUUUCUAAAUAGAGCCGUCACUCAUGUCGGCGGCAAUGCUUCGCAAGGUUCUUUCCAGACCUCUCGGAGGGUGCAACAGAUGGCAGGCUGUCCGGAGCAUCUUUGUUCAGCUUCCAGAAACGCACGAAAUGCUGCGCAAGACAUGCAGAGAGUUCGCCGAAAAAGAGCUCAAGCCCGUUGCCGGAGUCAUCGACAAAGAGCAUCGGUAUCCGCGCGAACAGGUCAAGAAAUUGGGUGAAAUGGGUCUUAUGGCCGUAGCCGUGCCAACUGAACUGGGUGGAGCAGGCCUGGACUACCUAGCCUACGCUAUUGGAAUGGAAGAGAUCAGCCGAGGCUGUGCCUCCACGGGGGUCGUUAUGAGCGUUAACAACUCUCUGUACUUAGGUGCCAUACUCAAAUACGGCUCUGAAGCACAGAAACAGAAAUUCAUUCCACCGUUCACCACAGGAGAGAAAGUUGGCUGCUUCGCCCUCUCUGAACCUGGCAAUGGCAGUGAUGCGGGAGCAGCUUCUACAACCGCGGUUCUGGAAGGGGACCAUUAUAGGCUGAACGGUACCAAGGCUUGGAUAACGAAUGCAUACGAGGGUGAAGCAGCUAUUGUGAUGGCCACCGUGGACAAGUCCAAAAAGCACAAAGGAAUCAAUGCUUUCAUUGUGCCAAUGCCGUCACCUGGUCUGAGCUUGGGCAAGAAGGAGGACAAGCUGGGAAUCAAGGGCUCGUCAACGGCCCAGCUCAUCUUCGAAGACUGCCUUGUGCCGAAGGAGAAUCGGCUAGGUGAAGAUGGAGCCGGCUUCAAGAUCGCCAUGAGUGUUCUAGACGCUGGUCGCAUCGGCAUUGCAGGCCAGGCACUCGGGAUUGGCCAAGCAGCCUUGGACUGUGCAAUAGAGUACUCUGGCAAGCGGGAAUCCUUCAACCAACCUCUCCACAAAUUCCAGGCCGUUCAGUUGAAACUGGCAGACAUGGAAGUGCGGUUACAAAGUGCCCGCCUGCUAAUGUGGAGGGCGGCUAUGUUGAAAGACGCUGGCCAUAAGUUCACAAAGGAGGCUGCCAUGGCAAAACUGGCUGCUUCGGAGGCAGCAACCUUCGUGGCACAUCAGGCAUUGCAAAUUUUAGGUGGCAUGGGCUACGUGACUGACAUGCCGGUUGAGCGGCAUUACCGUGACGCCCGUAUCACCGAGAUCUACGAGGGCACCAGCGAAGUUCAGCGUAUUGUGAUAGCUUCUAACAUGCUCAAGGAACACGGCAUUGUGUGAUUUGAAUUGCUUUUUAUAUUGGUCCACUUCCAAGCGGGUCAUAGCAGUGAUACUACGUAUUUUGCUGAUAGUGGAGAUUCAUGAUUGAUUUUAUUUGUUUAAAUGGCAAAAAGAGUAAUUCCGAAGGCCUAGGGGUGCGCGAACAGAGAAUGUUAGGUUUGAAGCAAAUAGUGAUUUUGGUCAAAUAAUUUCGAAUCAAAUUUGAAUGGUAUAAAUGAGGUAUCAUAAAAAAAAAUUGGCACAUAUGUCAUGACCUAUCAAACUUGCACAAUAUAUAUAAUUUUUUAAUUAAAACAAGGCCUGUGCCAGUGCCAUUUUUUCUAGUUCAAAGGAAGCAGAAAUAAAUUUGCAUAGCAGCAGGAUUUCAACCUCGGUAGAAGCUAGUGUUAACAUGUAAAAUAUGUUACAUUUCAAGGUUUACUAAGAGUACAUAUGCUGGUAUAAUGAACUUUUAAGCUUCAGUAAUGAUAAUCGAUGCAAAGGUAUUGCGUUCAUUUAACCUUAAAGUGGGGCUGUGCGGCAGAGCAGAUUUUCCCGGGAUAGGUGUUUUCAUGGCUCAGCACUCCUCACCGUAGCGAAACCACAUAUACAAGGGGUCACAUACACUUAUACAAUAAUUUAGAAUACUUCGAAAUUUCCAAUAAUUUAAAUUCGAAUAGAAACGAAUUCGGAUACUCUUCGAAUAUUCGAAGCAUUCGAGUAUUCGCACAAGUUUACUACAGCCACAUGUUUGAUGCUAAGCAGCAACUGUGCCCGCUAUGUCGACGAAGCUUUGUGAAAGCCCUUCGGUCACAGCAAGCCUUGGAGCACUGUCUGGUUACAAUGUGACUCUGCAUGUACAGUGGAUGCCAUGGAUGGAAGAAUGAGAAAAGGAAGUGUAGUCGUGACGAAAGACUCGGAUUCCUUGUGGAGAAGAAAAGCCGAGACCUUCUUGGGUGUAGGCAAAGAACUCAUAUUUUUUAAUAAAGUCAUUGUAUAGCAGAUA